CUCAAGAAAGUAGGUUUGUUGAUGAACUUAAUAAUGAAGCUAGUGAAGAUGAAACGAUGGUAUUAAUGGAAGCUCUAUUGAAAGCCAAACAACAAAAAGUUGUGGUUGAAGUAGAUGUAGUUGAAACUGGUGUAGAUUUAACUGAAACUGGCGUAAAUGUUGAAGAUGUAGUUGAAGAAGGCGAUGGAAUUGAAGUAGAUGUUGAAGACAUAGUUAAAGACGAUGGAAUUGAAUGA